UGCAGUUAUUAACCUUGCCGGGGCAGGUGAGACCAUUAUUUCCACAUCAUGUCGAGCCACAAUUCGAGCACUGGCAAAUACCAUGUUCCUGAUGGACUCAGGCCCAUGCUGGAGGGAUUUACCAAAGCAGUGGUAAAUAGCAAGCCACAGAAUGUAAGACAUUUUGGCGAAAAAUACUUCAAGGCCCUUGGAACCUUCAGGGAUGAAAACCCUGGCUUGAGUUUCGAAGAGGUUUUGAAGGAAUUCAAACGAGCAAGACCUGCUCUUUUUAAAAAGAAAGCCCAUCCACCUUCGCCAGUCCAGUGCAAGGCUCAGAAGAGUUGGGAGGCAGGCCUACUGCUCUUUGAAGCCAGUGUCAACCAGGAUGCACCUGUCCCUCUAUUUCCUGCCGGUGACUCUGCAGCAAAAGACUCAGAGGCUCCUGAUGGACAGGUGUUCCCUUCAGAGGGUGGUGAAGCUCUGACUGAUAAUGGUGACCUGGAUGGGGUCAUCUCUGCCAACAUUGUCACCCUUUCGCCAGGCCCAAUAACCCAGGAGUUGGCUGUCGACCUGGCAGUGUUUCGCAGGAAGACCACCCCCAAGAGUUCUCCACAACACAGCUCUAACACCAGCCAGAAUGGGGAGUGCAGUGACACGGACGCACCAUGCCAGCGCAUCUGCUCAGCCCUUUUUGAACAGGUACCCCUUGAUGUGAUCGACAUGGAUGUGGACGCCGUCCUCAUCAGGACAGCCACGCUGCCAAAUGUGUCACAGAUCAUCGUUCAGUCCGAGGACGUGCCUGAGGUUAUUGUGUUUCAUGCUGACAUUAAAAUGUCCGACAGUAGACUUGACACUGAAUGUGCAGCAGGUAUGGAUGCUACUGCUAAAACAGGAGAGAGCAGCGUCAUGCCACCAACUAUUCAUGCACACUGUUGCCCUGACAACAGUGAGCCCAUUAUGGCAAGGACGGCCGACUCUGUGGAGAUGAUGAUGUGCAGAUGUGCCAUGGAAAGUCCAAAGGUACAAGCCAUUGCUAAAACAGAAGUGGAUUCUGCCUCCCAGAAAAGUCUCAUGUCUUUAUCUCACCACAUGGAGCAGUCAAACAUGGCUGAACGUUUGAUUUCCAACCAAGAACAGCAAGUUAGUGAAAUUAAUGUUUCUACUUCCCAGGAGAAUGUGGUGCAAAACACAAGUUGUCAGUCCUAUGCAGGCGACAGUCAAAUUACCAAAGAGGACACAGCCUCUACAAAUAGUCCUGCAUCUCAGACAUGUCUGUUAUCAAGUGUUAUCUCUGCAACAGAAGUCAACAUUCUACCCGAAUGUCCUGCCAUGGAAGUUACCAUGGCAUCCAUUAGUGCAACUCCCGAACCAGCAAGGAUGGUCGGUUCUCAGGACAGUCUCAUCUCGGGCUCCAUUCCAGACUUUCCUUCUUCCGAUGAGUGUGAACCAGCUAUAGGUGUGGGGGAGACCAGCCGCUAUGAUUCACCUGCCACCGGAAAGACUAGCAGCUCUGCUCUGCCCACUGAAAAGACCAGCCAUACUACCUUGUCUGUGGGUAAAACUAGCAGUACUGCUUUAGUCAUGGAAAAUACUAGUGCCACUGAAAAGACCAGCACUACUGAUUUGCCUUUUGAAAAGACCAGCACCACUGCUUUACCUAUUGAGAAGACCAGCUGCAUUGAUUUGGCUGUGGAGAAGAUCAGCAGUACUACGUUAGUUUCGGAGAAUAUCAGUAGUACUGUUUUGCCCGUUGAAAAGACCAGCGAUACUGCUUUACCACUUGAGAAAGUCAGCACCACUACGUUGCCCAUUGAGAAAGCCAGCUACACUACUUUACCCAUUGAGAAGGUCAGCACUACUGCUUUACCUAUUCAGAAGAUCAGCACUACUGUUUUACCGAUUGAAAAGAGUAGCAGCACUGCUUUAUCCAUCGAGAAGAGCUCCACUGCUUUCCCCAUUGAGAGCAUCAACACCGCUGCAUUGCCUACUGAGACCAGCUGCAUAGAGAAGACCAGCACAACUGCUUUAUCUAUUGAGAAGGUCAGUACAGCUUCUUUACCUGUGGAGAAGACCAGUAGUACAACUAUAGUUGUAGAAAGGACCAGUAGUACUGCUUUGCCUACUGAGAAAACCAGCUACACUGCUUUACCUAUUGAGAAGGUCAGCACUACAGUUUUACCUGUGGAGAAGACCAGUAGUAGUUCUUUGGCUGUAGAGAGGACUAGUAAUACUGCUUUGCAUAUUGAGAAAACCAGCUGCACUGCUUUACCUAUUGAAAACACCAGUGCCGCUGCUUUACCUAUCGAGCAGAUCAGCACCAAUGAUUUUCCUGUGGAGAAGACCAGCUGUACUACUUUGGCUGUAGAGAGGACCAGUAGUACUGCUUUGGCUGCAGAGAGAACCAGUAGCACUGCUUUGGCUGUAGAGAGGACCAGUAGCACUGCUUUGGCUGCAGAGAGGACCAGUAGCACUGCUUUGGCUGCAGAGAGGACCAGUAGCACUGCUUUGGCUGUAGAGAGGACCAGCAGCACUGCUUUGGCUGCAGAGAGGACCAGUAGUACUGCUUUGCCUAUCGAGAAAACCAGCUGCACUACUUUACCUAUUGACGACGACACCAGUGCCACUACCUUAUCUGUUGAGAAAGUCAGCACUACAGUUUUACCUUUGGAGAAGACUAGUAGUACUACAUUGGCUGUAGAGAGGACCAGUAGUACUGCUUUGGCUGUAGAGAGGACCAGUAGCACUGCUUUGGCUGUAGAGAGGACCAGUAGUACUGCUUUGGCUGUAGAGAGGACCAGUAGUACUGCUUUGCCUAUUGUGAAAACCAGCUGCACUGCUUUUCCUGUGGAGAGGACCAGCAGCACUGCUUUACCUAUCGAGAACAUCAGUGCUACUGCUUUACCUAUCGAAAAGGUCAGCACUACAGUUUUACCUGUGGAGAAGACCAGUAGUACUUCUUUGGCUGUAGAGAGGACCAGUAAUACUGCUUUGACUGCAGAGAGGACCAGUAAUACUGCUUUGACUGCAGAGAGGACCAGUAAUACUGCUUUGACUGCAGAGAGGACCAGCAGCACUGCUUUGGCUGUAGACAGGACCAGUAGCACUGCUUUGGCUGUAGAGAGGACCAGUAGUACUGCUUUGGCUAUUGAGAAAACCAGCUACACUGCUUUACCUGUGGAGAGGACCAGCUGCACUGCUCUACCUGUGGAGAAGACCAGUAGUUCUACUUUGUCUGUGCAGAGGACCGGUGGUAGUACUUCUUUGCCUACUGGGAAAACCACUGACCUGCCUGUCAUCAGCAAGACCAGCAGCAGCAACUUUCCUGUCAUGGGCAAGAAAAGCAGCACUACUUCGCCUGUCUGCAAGGCCAGCAGCGGCUAUUUGGUGAGCUGUCCUGUCGCGGCACAGGAGGAGGCAAAGGUCCCCAUGUCAGCACGCAUCCCGGACGCUGUGGACACUCAGCUGCCUGAAGAAGAGGAGAUCAAGAUCACAAAUAUAUACAGCGCAUCGUCUAUGUGUACCAACAGCGCUCCACCAGUGGAGGUUCGGGUACCUUAUUUGAUGUAUCUGCCUCUUCCACAAACAGUCACCCAAACAAAUGCUGAUGGCAAGGAGGUCACAGCCUCACCUUACGUCUGCAUCCCUGUGGCCUCGGGGGAUCUGUCUCGCACCCCCAGCCUCGGCCCGGCUACGGCCCCUCAAGUGUCGGCCAGUAGCUGCUUCCCUGGCGCUUAUGUCCCAUUCAUUGACGUGCAGACCCCGAGUUCCACUGUGCCGUUGACACAGACCUCACAGGACCAGAUGCAGACCUCCAGGCCAUGGCAGCCCUUUGCUCAACACCAACAAACAACCCCUUUGGCAGGCGAGGGAACUGGCCCUGCGGCUCACAGCUCCGCCUAUCUGCAGCAGCAGGCCCCGCCAGCAAGUGCACCCAUUAACAUCGGACACCAGCCUAACCUGGCUCACUAUGGCUGUGCAAAACCUGCUCCCACCCUCUGCCCAUGUGUGAGCCCGGCCAACCACUGGAGGCUGUGUCACCUGACCCACCCCACCGUGCAGGUGGCGGCUCCUCUGAGCUGCACCUACCAGUCCUCGCCAGCCAUGUCCCAGUGUGGCCUGCCCCAGAUAGCCAAAAUCCCCAUGUACCAGGACUGUGGGCUGUACUGCGGAGGCCUCGGCCACACACUUCACGUGAAGCCCUCCUGCGGAAACGCGCACGCUCACCACGACAGGGCGGAGGCCACCUCCUGUUCAGGCCAUAACCUGGCCCCCGGCGGCACGCCUUGCUCAAGCUUCCCGUCCGAGCACGUGUUCGCCCACCAAGUAUGCGCCCACCACGUGCAGUCCAGUGCCAACCAACAUUGCCAGGCGAUGUUCGCGACACAGCAGCAGCACCACGGCUCACACCACAUGUGCGACAUGGGAAAGGAAAGGCCAGGCAGCCGAUGUGGUGGGGCCUACGGGAGCAUCUGCAACCUGAGCAAGCCUGCUGCCCCAUCCAGCUGCUGCUUGCACCAGGGGUCGACCACAAGGAUAUGCCAUGGACAUAACUAGGGGUGAACUCAUCCUAGGCGUGACCCACUGAGAUCCAAGGUCUGCAUGGAGGACAUCAUAUACACUUGUACAUGGAAGAAAAAUCCUUAACUUUUUAAUUUAGAAAGCUAUUCAAAAGGAAAAUAAAAAAGAAAUCUGCAUUGAAA